GAGUUCAUUCAUAGGUAAACAAUAAUCAUAAACAAACCUGAUGCGUAAGAAUUUUGAAAUCUUCUAAUUUUUUUUACGGAUUCCAGUCCUAAAUGUGCAUCGCGUGUUAACUGUUUUGAGAGUAGAAUGGCUUCGGCGAAGAGAAACCGAAUAGAGUCAAGUGGCUCAAAAUGUCGGCAACGAGUCUGUCGACUGUGCUUGAGUGAAGAAUCCCUUGAAGAUAUAUUCAGCGAAAACGAACUGCAUCAAUGGAUCUUGGAUUUGCUCUCAAUAAAUGUAACGGGUGAAGAUCCUUUAGGCCACGUUAUCUGCGAUGUUUGCCAACUACGGAUAACCGAAUUCCACCAGUUCCGGACACGAUGCCAGGAAGUGCAAAUAGUACUGCAAUCCAUGAUGCGAGACCAAAAGGUUUCCUCCGAGAAGGAGUCGACUGACUCUGAUGAGAUUAAUCGGAUAGUGAAAACUGAACCAUGUGAAGAAAUUGGUCAUGCAACAGAGUUGGAAGAAGUAAACCACAGCGGUAGAAUUGACGAAAAUGACGAUGGAGCUCAUAAGAUUUCACAAAAAGAAAUGGAAAAUGAGGAAACGAUUGGCAUAGACGAUGAGAUUUACAUAGAAGAGGUGAAAAUUGAAUCUUUGAUGAACGACAAUGAGGAAUCAGUUGACUCAGUUAUCGAUGAAAGCGUCAUACACAAAGGAAAAGCAUCAACUAGAAGCAUUCAAGUGACCCAGAAAGAUGAGAACAUUCAGUCAGUGCAAUGCAAUAUAUGUAACAAAAAGUAUCAGACUAAACAGAAUCUAUCAGUACACAAGAGGACAGCACAUGGACCAAAAAAACACAACUGCAAAGUUUGCGCAGCAAGUUUUCCGCAUCCGAAGGAUUUGAACAGGCAUGAGCAAACUAAACAACAUAAUAAACAGAAGUCUGCCGUUGGUGAUUCCUUGCCGAAUCCAACUGGUAAUGGUAAGAAAAAUACUAAACACCCAUGCUCAAAAUGCAACCGAACAUUCAGUCGGCAGUGCCAACUUGAGAACCACGAGAGACUUCAUGAAGUGACAUCGAAUGAAGAUCAACCGAUUGACGUGGAAUCCAAUGCAUUGGAAUGGCAAUGCAAUAUAUGCAGCAAAUCAUUCGCGGACAAGGAAAAACUUCGACUGCAUAAAAGACACCAUAAACCUAAAAACCUGGAGUGUCAUAUAUGUGGAAAACCGUUUCUAUUUUCGUUUUCAUUGAACAGGCAUACAAAGACGCACGAUGUUGACCAUAAACGCAGUAGAGCGUAUGAUGAAUCCAACGCAGCCGGACCUUUCUAUUGUGAUAUAUGCCAGAAGCAGUUCAGGCUGAGAACCACGAUGAGGUGGCACAAAAUACAAGUGCACGGACCAAAAUGUCACGAAUGUCACAUGUGUGAUUCAAAAUUUAGCACACGCUAUGGUCUACGCAAGCAUAUACAGACUCAUUAUCGUGUUAAAAAGAAAACAAGAAAUCUCGAAAACUUAUUCAUAUAGACUCAAGUCAAAAAAGUGUACAAACUUACUUUAUCGAUCCUACGUGUUUCGCAGACGAAAUUCUACACGUUUCGCUCUGAAAUAACUCGAUUAUUCUCUUUUAGAACGUUUAAUUUUCGGAUUUACAAAACGAC